GAAUCCAUGCAACUACAAGUAAAAGUUAAGCCUGACAGCAACGGUUUCUACAAACAGACGAUGAAGCAAGCUUACCCUUCUCAGGAGCAGCUGGACCCAGAAAAGAAUUACAAAAUGGACGAUAAAGAAAAGGGUCUCAUGUUCCUUUUUAACAUGACUAAAGACAGGAAGGGAUCAGAUGUCGACGUUCGAAAUAUUCAACACGUGUUCACGGAAAUAGGAUAUGAGAUCGAAACCCAUUCGGAUUUGACAGCUGAGGACCUUCAAGACAAGCUAGAGACGUUCGCGGGUUAUGCUCGCCAUCACUACAUGCCCUCUGCAGUGUUCGUGAUCAUGGGAAACGGCUCCUCGACAGGCAUUCAUUGCACUGAUGAACCGGUUACUUAUAAGUUUAUCGAGAAUAAGGUUUCUAGGAUGAAGUACAUGAAAGGAAAACCGAAGAUGAUUUUCUUCCAGGGUAACCGUGAAAAAGCAAAGGAAGAAACUGAAGCUGACAUCGACAUGGAAAUAUCAGACGCAUCCGACCUUCUCGUUGUCCAUUCUACAACAUCGGGAAACGUUCCAGAUAGAAGCGUAAUCCGUGGUUCAAGGUUCAUUCAGAUGCUAUGUAAGGAACUCCUUAAGAAUGCCCAUGUCAGUGACUUGUCUACCAUGUUAGAGCAGUGUAAGGGCCCCAAGGAAGAACAGUAG